AAGCUGCACAGACCACACUUACAUUCCUACUACAAACUCAGGCGAAGUUGUUUAGUAAAAAGGGCGUUUAUGACCUUCAGGUACAGAAAGAAGAGCUGGAGACAAAGAUACUGCUGUUUUGUUGGCACUAAAGUGUUGUGCUGAUGAGGAUCACCCAUAGUGAUCACCACAGUUCACUUCAUUUGCAGAGGAGCCUCCCCCUGCUCUGCUCUACCUAUUGGACUCCCCGGUAAAUCAUUAAACACCCGAAUCAGAGGAUUCUUUCCAUAACAUCCUCACACGAACAAACAGGAGCAAAGCAAAACAACGCCAAGACCACUGUGAAAACAGAAGGACUGAAGCCUCAAGGAAACUACACAUCACAUUCAGUGUUCAUGUCGCAAAUUGAUGGUUUACUUUUCCAAACCUGGCCGGCCUGCAGCACAUGGCAGCAAACCCAGAUUCAAUCAGCUACAGGGCAGAGAAGUUGACCAUUAACCUCCUGCGCUGAUUGCAAACACCUUUUCACUCGCAAGCAGCUGCUUCUGCACAGUGGAUCCUGAAGUAAAGUUCACUGUCACAGGCAGCAGAAGUCUGUCAAACAGCAGGAGCUAGCUGUCUUCUCUGGAUUUUCUUUUCUUUUCUUCUUUUAUUUAAAGGACUAAAUCUGCAACGAUGGCUAAAGCAAACUAUGGAUACUACAGAAACACUAUAUUUCUGGCCAUGUUUGUGGGCUACACACUGUACUACUUUAACAGAAAGACUUUCUCCUUUGUGAUGCCGUCUCUAAUGCAAGAAAUUAAGCUGGAUAAGGAUGACCUGGGGAUGAUCACCAGCAGUCAGUCGUUGGCCUACGCUAUCAGUAAGUUCAUCAGCGGCGUGCUUUCGGACCAGAUCAGUGCCCGCUGGCUCUUCUCCAUUGGCCUGUUCAUGGUGGGAGGCAUCAACGUGGUCUUCUCUUGGUCCUCCACCGUCGCUGUCUUCUCUGCUCUGUGGUUUGUCAAUGGUCUGGGACAAGGCCUGGGCUGGCCUCCCUGUGGAAGGGUGCUGCGAAAGUGGUUCGAGCCGUCUCAGUUCGGGACAUGGUGGGCAAUCCUCUCCUGCAGCAUGAAUCUUGCCGGCAGCUUGGGCCCCAUUAUUGCCACGGUGUUGGCCGAGAGCUACAGUUGGAGGACGAUACUCUCUGUCUCUGGGAUGAUUUGUUUGGCAGUGUCCUUUGUUUGCCUUCUGGUUAUCAAGAAUGAGCCUAAGGAUGUGGGGCUGCCAAAUAUAGAGGCAGCCGCCAAGAAGAGCAAAGGAGGAUCCUCCAGCAGUGAGAGCACCCUGUCUGAGUUCCUGCUGUCGCCCUACCUCUGGCUGCUGUCCGUGUCCUACCUGGUGGUGUUUGGGGUGAAGACGGCCUGCACCGACUGGGGCCAGCUGUUUCUCAUCCAGGACAAGGGCCAGUCUACACUCAUGGGCAGCUCAUACAUGAGUGCUCUGGAGGUAGGAGGCCUGUUGGGGAGUCUGGCAGCAGGUUACCUCUCUGACAAGGCUGUGGCCAAACAAGGGAUGAGAAUCUAUGGCAAUCCUCGACAUUUCAUCCUGAUCUGCAUGAUGGCAGGAAUGUUCGUGUCCAUGUACCUGUUCAGAGUCACAGUUACUCCUGACAGCUCAAAGGUGUGGAUUCUCAGCCUUGGUGCAGCUUUUGGGUUCUCUUCUUAUGGACCAAUAGCACUGUUUGGAGUCAUAGCCAAUGAGAGCGCUCCAUCUAACUACUGUGGGACGUCACAUGCCAUCGUUGCCCUGAUGGCCAACAUUGGUGGCUUUCUUUCCGGUCUACCAUUCAGCACCAUUGCAAAGCACCACGGCUGGGAAAUGGCCUUCUGGGUAGCAGAGAUUGUCUGUUUAGUCACCGCAGUCGGAUUCUUCCUGCUGCGCAACAUCCGAACCAAGAUGGGACACGUGUCCAAGAAGGCAGACUAACAUCUUCACACCUGAGCCUCUGCGCCCAGAGGAAAACUCAGUACUUUGAGCCUCAAUUGUAUUUUCAUAUUUUUUCAGACCGAAUUCUUUUUGUACUACUGUUUCCACUGUCAGUUUUGCAUUAUGUAAACAGAAAUGAAGCUCGGAGAAGUUGAGCGUUUUGUCUUUAAAAAGCAGUUGUGCAAGGUGCUUCUUCACGUAAAGUAUUUACAGUCUGCACACAGUCAAUCAGUAACUUGGCAAAUGUGGCAAAAACACAAUUAAACAAAUUGUACUCUU